UUCAUAAUUAAGCUUAAAACCUUUUUAAACAAUUUAUAUUACAAAAUAGAACGUUUGGCCACACUGAAAUUAAUUAAGAUACUCAAAAGCAAGCAACAUUGAGCACAGUGAUAAUGCAACAGCGUGGCAACACUAAUUGCGAAUGGCAAAGCAACAAAGCAUUAGUUUUUAGGGGAUUUCUGAACGAUCUUCACGUCUCGGAACUGGGGUGCGCCAAUCAUUAUAAAUACCACUUUAAAGGGCGAAAAAUAGUGACACAACUGUGAAAAAUGGUUUUCUGGACUGUUAUGAUUACAAUGAGCUUCGUAUCUUUAGCUGCAACUGCAAUUACCAUAAUUUGUCUGAUAGAUCGCAAUAACGGCCUACGAAAUCGUAGCGAAAGACGACUUCAAAACAAUGACGAUAAUGAUAAUCAAAACCAAAACCAAGUCAUCAGGAAUGAUAACCGCAAGAAAAAUUGUCCAAGUCGUCCCGGUGAUAAGUGUAGGAUAUGUCUCCAAGUGAUGACUAGGGAGACAAUGAGUUUCAUGAAUUGUGGCCAUGCAGUUCAUAAUGGUGACUGCUUUGAGGCCUAUCGCCGGACGCGACGUGACUGUUCCUAUUGCGGAAAAUAUGUUCUACGUCUUGAUUUACCAGGGGAUAACUGCGCUAUUUGUAAUCAGCCAAUGGAGGAGUAUGAUAUGAAGUAUGUCAAAUGCGAGCAUGCCUUUCACUUACAUUGUCUGAUAACAAACAACAUUAGCAUCACCGACAAGUGUCCCCGAUGCUCCAUUCAAAUAAUCCCUCGCAAUGCUUAAAAUUAUAUUGACAAUAUCAGUAAAUUAAAAUUGUGAU